AUGUCGCGCGCGAGCGGCAAGCAGCGGGUGUGCUACUUCUACGACUCUGACAUUGGCAACUACUACUAUGGCCAGGGCCAUCCCAUGAAGCCUCAUCGUAUUCGCAUGGCUCACAACCUGCUGCUCAACUAUGGCCUCUACAAGAAGAUGGAGAUCUACCGGCCGAGCCCAGCCACCUUCGAUGAGCUGCGCAAGUUCCACUCCGACGAGUACAUGCGUUUCCUGCGGCACAUCACGCCAGACAACAUGGGCGAGUACACCAAGCAGAUGCAGCGAUUCAAUGUCGGCGAGGACUGCCCCGUCUUCGAGGGCCUCUACCAGUUUUGCCAGGCCAGCUCGGGCGGCUCGAUCGGCGGCGCCGUCAAGCUCAACAAGGGCACGUCGGACAUUGCGAUUAACUGGGCGGGCGGGCUGCACCACGCGAAAAAGUCCGAGGCCUCGGGCUUCUGCUACGCGAACGACAUCGUGCUUGCCAUCCUCGAGCUGCUCAAGCACCACCGCCGCGUGCUCUACAUUGACAUUGACAUCCACCACGGCGACGGCGUCGAGGAGGCCUUUUACACGACGGACCGCGUGCUGACCGUCUCCUUUCACAAGUUUGGCGAGUACUUUCCCGGCACGGGCGACGUCAAGGACGUCGGAGCAAACGCGGGGAAGUACUACUCGGUCAACUUUCCGCUCAAGGACGGCAUCGACGACGCCUCGUACGCCUCCAUCUUCAAGCCCGUGAUCGGGCAGAUCAUGCAGAUGUACCAGCCCGGCGCUAUCGUGCUGCAGUGCGGCGCCGACUCGCUCUGCGGCGACCGGCUCGGCUGCUUCAACUUGACCAUCCGGGGGCACGCCGAGUGCGUGCGCUUUGUGCUGCAGCAGAAGGUGCCCACGCUCAUCCUGGGCGGCGGCGGCUACACGAUCCGCAACGUGUCGCGCUGCUGGACGUACGAGUCUGCCGUGGUGCUGAAUGAGGAGAUCUCGGACGACCUCCCGUACAACGACUACUACGAGUACUAUGGGCCGGACUACAAGCUGCACUACGCGCCCUCGGGCAUGGAGAACCUCAACAUCCCCGAGAACCUCGAGAAGAUCAAGUCCAAGGUCUUCGAGCACUUGCGGCAGCUGCAGCCGGCGCCGAACGACGACCCGGACGUGCGGGUGAGCCAGCGGGGGGGCGACGAGCGGCAGGAGCAUGGGGCGGAGUUCUACUCGGGCAGGCCAGGCGAGUGA